AUGUCCUGCUUCGGCGGCCACGACGAGCAGAUCUAUCUAAUCGAGAUACUGAUCGACAGACUGACGUUGACGCCCGGCAAAAUCAAAGACAUCGCCGGGCACCCUAUCGCGAUCAGGAUCAAGCUGUUGGAUCUGCCCGUGUUCGAGAUCACGCGCCAUCAGACGGACGCGUCGAAGGCAGAAUCGCCGGGUGACGGGGGCGGUGUGCGCUUCGCCAGCGGCAAAAGCUGCCUGUUCGUCAAGCAGCCGCGCGAUCUGGUCCGCGAUCUACGCUCGACGAGCAUGAGAGCCGGGGUGUUCCGCGCGGGUGACACCUACCCCACCGCGGAGACCGAAUUAUCAUUGCCGGGUUGCCUGUGCGAUCAGCUCGCCGUGAUCGCCAACGAGCCCGCCAAUCUGCCGCGGCCGUUCACGGUGAAGGGGGGCUUCCACCUGCUCGACCCGGGCGACGAUCCGUCCGGCACGCUGCACAUGGAACUCACGAUCACGUGCCUCGGCAGCUUCUCCCCGACGCACUACGAGCUGCACCCCAAGUCUCUCGUUCUUGCCGAGGGCGAGGACAGGGAGGAACGGGAGGUGUACGUGAAGCGGUACGUGCCGCCUGAAUUUCUCCCCCAGGAAGAAACGCCGCGGCCGCAGCAGCCGGAUAUCGGCCCGACGCCGAAAGCAGCGAAACGGAAGAAGAAGAAAAAGGGAAGAGGCAAGGCGGCUGCCAAGAGGACGAAGAAAUAAGGUGGAGAAAGUCCGGGGACCAGAGAGCGGAGGAGGGUGGGGAGGAAAAAGAGAGUACCCCGCGCCCUGAAGUGGGCGAUUCUUUGCA